CUCAGUGCGGGCGCGCUGCUAGCGCUGUGCGAGCAGGUCGCGCUGGGCAGGCUGAGCUAUGGCGUGGCCAUCAUCCGGCCGCCGGGGCACCAUGCGUGCCAAGACAAGCCCAUGGGAUUCUGCCUGUUUAACAAUGUGUCAGUGGCAGUGCAUGAUCUGCUGGCGCGUCGGUUAGCCGAAAAGAUAGUGGUGGUGGAUUGGGACGUGCACCACGGCAACGGCAUCCAGGAGGCUUUCUAUAACAAAGAGGAUGUGCUGUAUAUAUCGCUGCACCGGUACGACGGCGAGGAGUUCUAUCCGGUGAGUGACGAGGGACGCAUGGAGAAGGUGGGGUCUGGCGGUGGCGAGGGCUUCAACAUCAACAUUCCGUGGCCGUGCGAGGGCGUGGGCGACGGCGACUACCUGGAUGCGUUCCGACGCGUGGUGAUCCCGGUUGUGCGUGAGUUCGGCCCCGAUAUGGUCAUUGUGUCGGCAGGCUUCGACGCGGCGGUCUGCGAUCCGAUCGGCCUGUGCAAGGUCACGCCGCAGUGCUACGCGGUCAUGACCAGCAUGCUGCGGUUGGCGAGCAAAGACAAGCUGGUGCUAGCGCUUGAGGGUGGGUACAAUCUG